AUGAGGCCCGCAAGAUUCGUGUACCCAGCGUCCACAACUCGCUUAUACUGGGGCACGCGUACGAAGCUUCCCAGCGCACUAGCUUCACGUUCUGUAGCACAACUACAGCGGAACAGUCGCUCCUUGCCAUCACACCUGCACGCUUUGGUGAUUCCCAUUCCUCAGCAGCACACAUAUUCUACGGAGACAUCUACAACUACUGGUUCAGCGUCGUCUUUUCUGCCACCAGGGUUCAACGCUGAACAGGCAAAGAAACCGUUACCCCUCGACUCGCAGAAGACUUCGGAUUCGACAGUCUCUAAAGAUGGGAGUUCGAGCGCGCAUCCUAGCGUGGAGUCUGAAACAGGAAAAGAAACGAAACCUUUGGAGCAGGCGACCUUGACCGAACACGGGUCGGCAGAGGCUGCCAUUGCGGAGACAGAGAAGCGAGUCCCGGAGGAGAAGAAGGAGACCAAAAAGUUGACAAUUGCCCAAAAAAUCAAAAAGGAGGCUCAACACUAUUGGGAUGGCACCAAGCUGCUUGCGACGGAGGUUAGGAUCAGUGUAAAACUCGCGAUGAAAAUGGCCGCGGGGUACGAGUUGAGUCGUCGCGAGAGCAGGCAGUUUUAUUCACAGUUGCAAAGAACCGUAAAGGACCUCGCUCGGCUGGUGCCAUUUUCGGUUUUCGUUAUUGUUCCUUUUGCUGAAUUGUUAUUGCCUGUUGCUCUGCGACUCUUCCCCAACAUGCUUCCCAGCACGUACGAAGGACAGAAAUCGCGCGAGGCGAAGGCUGCCAACCUCCGGAGGACUCGGAAGGAAGUGUCGGCUUUUCUCCAGGAUACUCUGAAAGAAACGGGACUUCCCGUCAGCGCCGCUAACGCCAAGAAAGAGGAGUUCACGGAAUUCUUCAAGAAGAUCCGGGCAACGGGCGAGACCCCAUCCGACGAAGAUGUUAUCAAGGUCUGCAAGAUCUUCAAGGAUGAUUUGACCUUGGACAACCUCUCCCGGCCUCAGCUGGUGGCCAUGUGCAAGUACAUGAACCUGAACUCCUUUGGAACGGAUGCCAUGCUUCGGUAUCAUAUCCGUCACCGGAUGCGCCAGAUCAAACGGGAUGACAGGGCCAUCUACUACGAGGGUGUUGAUUCACUCUCUGUUCCUGAAUUACAGAUGGCCUGCGCUUCCCGUGGCCUCCGAACGCAUGGACUGUCUCCGGCCCGCCUUCGGGACGAUCUCUCCAUGUGGUUGGAUCUGCGUCUCAAGCAAGGCGUUCCAUCGACCCUCCUUGUGCUCAGCAACGCAUACAUGUACACGCAGCAAGGCAAGGAGUCUGAAAUCGCCUCUCAGAUCGACGCUCUUCGGUCGGUGCUUUCCAGCAUUCCUGAGGAACUGUUCCAUGAGAUCGAGCUUGAGGUCCACAAUGCCGAGGGCGCAGCUACCAACAAGCAGCGUCUCGAGGUCGUGAAGGAACAGCAGGAACUUAUUGAGGAGGAGAACAUGCAGAGAAAAGAGAAUGAAGAGAAGGGUGUGUCAGCACCGAAAGACACGGAGGAUAUCGAUGACAAAGAGGAAGCCAAAGUUGAGGCGUCUUCUGAUAAAAACGGGCAACAGGCUACCGAAGCAACGGAGGCUGAGAAGGACCAGGAACGGGCCGAGAAGAAGCAGCGCGAAGAAGAAAAGGAGCAGGAGUCCAAACAGGCCGACGGCAGGAAGCAACAGGGAGAGGAGGAGAAGAAGGACUCCAGUCAAAACCCUUGA